AUGGUUGUAUUAUCUCAUAACACGACUUCUUAUCCACACAACUUCUCGUGUGAACUUGUUGUGUAUACAUCGAUUGAGAAUGCCAGAAUUAUGAUGAAAAUUGAGGAAUUUUACGUCCCCUCUAAGACUCCCAAUUGUGUUGAGAAUUACUCAUAUGUUUUCGAUUCUAAUGCAGCAAAGUCCAAGGUUAUGACAGAAGCUGGUGGAGAACGUGGUUUAUGUGGACCGAAUUAUCCAAAGUACCUUAUAUUUACGACAAAGUCCUACAUAUGUUUAGCUUUCCAUACUUCAUCUCAACGACCUCCCAUUUUACCUGGUGUGAAACCUGGAUUUCGAGUUAUUCUUACUGCAAUUCAAGAAACUCGAAAUAGUAGUUGUCCAUCAAGCAACUUUUAUUGCGGUGCAGUCCCUCGUUUUAUGGGGGCAAAUUCUAUGAUAACAUCAACUUCACUUAGCUCAGAUAACCGGUUGUAUGGACCAUUCUUAUCUCUUCCUCAAAAUAUCCGUAGUUGA